AUGGCGGAGACGUCGCGCAUCUUGAGCUGCAGAACGCACUAUAGCGUGCUCAAUCUGGACCAACUCAACCGCGUGCCAGUAUUUGUCGACUCCCAGCAAGUGCGAAGACGCUACAAGGAGCUGGCAAUUCUUGUGCAUCCGGACAAAAACCGUGCCACUGACGCCGAGGCUGCAUUCAAGCGACUGGGUGAGGCUUAUGAGUGUCUAGUGGAUGAAACCCGACAACGCCACUAUUUGCAACAGCUACAAGGCCGUCCACUACGUAGUGGGUCGACGGCAACCGCACAGACGAAUAGAACGAAGUGGAAGAAAAAGAAGAAGCCCCAACCAAAGAAAGAUGUUGGCGACGCAAUUCCACGUAGAAAACGGACACCCGAGGAGAUCUGGCGGGAGUUCCAGCGUGAAGAGGAAGAAUUGGCACGACAACAGUUUCAGGCCAAGGGGUUCGAUAGGGAGUAUGGCUCGGUGUCAAAGCAGCCUGAUGAUCCAGCUAGCUCGAUUACAUCGGUAGAGGAGCAACAGGAUAUUCUAGACUCCAAUUUGGAUGCGAAGGCGACGAAGUGGGCGAGCUGGAGCAACCCAACUUCGAAACGGAUACGAUUGACGACAACCUCAGGAUCGACACUCAAGACCGACGUAAAUUCGAUGGCUGAAACUGCUCGAAACGUCGCAGCAACUUUAAUAUGUUGUGCGCUAUGCCGGCGGAAAUUCGCAACCGAUAAGGCACUGAGGCGACAUGAAGCUCUGUCCAAGAUGCAUCUGGCCAAUGUCCAGUCUGAACAGCGCAAGUCAGCUGAUCAUUUAUAG